AUGUCGAUGGAAUCGCUGAAAGUUUUAGUUAAUCCUGCUCGAGGUCAAAUCGACCAAACUAGUGGUAAAGACAAUAAUGCUCUUUUUUAUGGAGCACCAGGCACGGGAAAAACCUCAAUAACUAAAAGGUUAUGUUUGAGAACUAAUAGGUUUCCGGUGAUUGAAAUAAAAGUAGAUAACUUUGGAUUUACUAGGUCUUCGGAUGGUGAGGUUCGUUAUAUUCUGUUUGUCGAUGAAGCUAAUCAAAUUAGUGAAAAUUCCCUUAAGCAUAGCCCUAGUUAUUUAAGAUUUCUUAAAGAAUGCAUGGAGGGAGUUAACAAAGAAAAGCAAAGCCAAAACUUAUGGAUAUUUGCGACCAACUACUUAGACGAGGUUGACAAAGCAGUUUAUCGCCCUGGACGCUUAAAAAAUCCUCGCGAUGAUAAACUAGAAGAUGUGAUGAAAGAAGUUAAAGACACAGUUGAUAUUCGUAUUGAUGAACUUAAUGAUUUACUCCAACAAGUAGGAACCGCUAUCAAUAACAUGUGUACUAGCCUCCAAACAGUCACUAAAGACAUUCUUUUUUUCGGAGGACUUUUAGGAGCUCCUUUUACCGGUGGACUAAGUUUAUUAGGUUGUGCACCAAAAUUAUUUGGCGGCGGGGGAAACCAACAAACACAACAAGCCCCCGCCGAAGCCUUUAACUUGCUAAACAAAUCCAUUGAAGAAUUAGCCAAUAUGCGAAAGGACUUAGAAGCAGCCCGUUCUAACUACAAACCAGGAGUAGACACCAGCAAGGAAGUGCUUUGUAUUAAUUGUGGCAAUUCAGUCAAGAAAGCAAAAAACUUCGAAAAACAGCAAAAAGAAAACCAAACUCAACGUCAACUAGUCAAUGAUUACUCAAAUGAGUUCAAAAAAUUAAAGCACGAACUUAAUAAUAAGGUGAAAACUACUGAUUUAGGAAUAAGUGAUUUAUGA